UCACCACAAAACCCUAACCGAGCCACAAAGAAGAAGAAGAAGAAGAUCGAGCAAAAAUGGUGUCUGGUUCAGGUAUCUGCGCAAAGAGGGUGGUGAUCGAUGCAAGGCACCACAUGCUAGGUAGACUUGCCUCCAUCGUUGCAAAGGAGCUUCUGAAUGGUCAGAAGGUUGUUCUUGUUAGAUGUGAAGAGAUUUGUGCUUCUGGUGGUCUUGUUAGGCAGAAGAUGAAGUAUAUGAGAUUUCUUAGGAAGAGGAUGAACACCAAACCUUCUCAUGGUCCUAUUCAUUUUAGGGCUCCCAGUAAGAUCUUUUGGCGUACUGUUCGUGGAAUGAUUCCACACAAGACCAAGCGUGGGGAGGCGGCACUUGCCAGGAUGAAGGUGUAUGAGGGUAUUCCACCUCCAUAUGACAAAAUUAAGAGGAUGGUUGUUCCUGAUGCUCUUAAGGUGUUGAGGCUUCAAAAGGGGCACAAAUACUGCUCCCUUGGACAAUUAUCCGCAGAGGUUGGAUGGAACUACGCCGGCACCAUCAAGGAGCUGGAGACAAAGAGGAAGGAAAGGGCUUUUGCUGCUUAUGAGAAAAAGAAGCAAAUCAACAAAUUGAGGGCUAAAGCAGAGAAGAUCGUAGACGAGAAGCUUGCACCCCAACUUGAAAUUCUUGCUCCCGUUAAGUACUGAGUAGUAUUUGUUAGCUUUUAAAGUGUUGCUUUUGAAGCUUUAUCAAAUCGAAUUCCAUUUCAGUUUUGGUCCUUUUUUUUUUUGUUGGUACUCUAGAAAUGACAAUCUUGGAAUUAUUAUGUCAUUCUAAAUUACUUUUUGAUAGUGUGUUGGCUCUUUGGUGUAACGUCUUAUAUUUGGAUUUGUUUGUGGUAAUACCAUACUAUGAAUCUUUGUGUUAUUUUUCGAUUGA